AUGCCUUUCGUUGUCGUUCAAAUACGAGCUGGAACACAAGUUUUGAAGCCCUGGAUAGGCGUACGAGUUCCAGACAAUUCUUCUUUAAAUGAUGUUUAUAAUGAUCUGGUUGCAGGGAUCCUUGAUCAAGGUUUGUAUGUAAAUGUUUAAUGAUUUAAAUAUGUUAAUAUUAUUAUUUUAAUAUGUAUAAAAAUAUGCAAAUUUUAUUUCGAUAUUUGGCGCCAAAAUAGUGAGGUCCAAUAUAUUCCGGCACUAUUUAUAUAUUGCCAAUUUCAAAGCAACAGCACAUCGACGGCGAUCUAUGUUAUUAUAAAAUAUAAAGUUUUAAUAACAGCAUUUCUAACAAUUUUAAUAUUUUAAUAAUUAAUAAUAUAAAAAAACAUAUGAUUUUUUAUAUGGUUUUUGAAUAGGUGAGCCAAUUGAUGAUAAUUCUGCAGUUCAACUAAACAAUGUUCAUGUCCAUGUUGGAAAGAGCAAGAAAGACCUAACCCGAGUAGACAGCCAGUGCACAGUGGCAGAGGUAGAUUCAUUGUGUUGUAUAUUUUAAAUAUUUUGUUUCUGCAGUUCUAGAUCUGUGAUCAUAUUAAUAACGAGUGUACCUGUGUACGGUUUAUAACAUAUAAAGAAUCUGUAUUUUUAUUGAUUAUUAAAAAAUAGGUGGUUGGAACUCUUGGCAACUUCAUUGAGUUUACACAUGAUGCAAAUAUAAAUCGUACCGAGCCUCUUCAGUGUACCAAUGCCUUCCACAUUCUUACUGCUGCUGCCCGUACAUUAACUUGUGUUCCAAGCAAUGUAGUCGUUCACAACCAGAAGGAUAAGUUAAAAAAUGAUAUAAUUUCCUGGUUGAAGAAAAAUGGUGUUGGGUGGUCUCUUCAAUAUGUCGAAACACUAGGUAUUAAAUAAUGUUAUUAUUUAUGUUGUAAAGCUUUUAUUUAUACGUUAUCAGUUAAAACAUAUACAGUGUAUUUUAAUAACUAAAGACGGUGUAUGAAGUAAUAAAAUCGUGUGAUAUUAAUAAAUGUAUGUAUAUUAACAGUAAAUAUUAAAAAUAACUUAAUGUGUGGUUGACAUAUAAUUCUCUGCUCUUGUUUAAUUAGGAAACAAGUUUUUGAACACACUUGCUGACGUGAUGUGGUACAUCGAUGGCAACCAUGUAACUCUUAGUUCCCGUUCAUGUGCCGUACCUGAUUCUUUUGCUCAUUUUCAAGGGUACAAUACACCCGAAAAGAGAAAGAGAAAAAGGAUUGCAGCAGAAAAUCUUAAACAAGCAGAACUCCUUGCAUAUUCUGGGACUUUAUUCGAGCUUGCUGCAAAUUCAUUUAUGAAAAGCGAUGCAUGGAAAUGUUUGUACAAUGCCAUUCUUCGACUAGCAACAAACCUCCGCAAAUAUGCAGAUUUUUUAAACAGCGUGAACAUGGCAAUUCAUCAUAACAAGAUUCUGAAGGGAGCUGACGAAACUGAUAGAGUGCAGUUGCUACAAAGUACGGCAGUCAUUAAGCCUACAUUUCAAGCAAGAUAUAAACAAUUGCACACAGCAAUUGCGCAUGCUGAUAAAUAUGAAGUUAUUUGUGCUAAUGAUUAUUCACCAGUGGAACCAACAAAAAAAUACUCAUUUUUCAAAGAAUUACAAGUGCCUGUGAAAUGUGUAUUGUUCACAUACACUGGUGCCAGAGAACAUCUCUCUUUUAUUUGGAAGGUACCCUUAGAGGGUGAUGAAGCACCAGAAUACCUUGAAAGGAAUAACAAAAACAUUGCUGAAAUAAAGAACCUUCCGCAUUACCACACAAGAGCAAUGAGGCGAGAAUUCGUACAUAGCUUUGGUCAAGUUACCAACAGUAAGCCUGCCCUUCUCAGAGAGGCAUACAGAAGAUUAACAGGAGACAGAUCAGCAGCUUCAAGCUUAACUGAAGCGGAAGUUGACGCACGUGUUGCCGAGAUGUUGGAACUAGAGGACCCAGAUUUAAUAUGUGACCUUCGUGUUAAUAAUGCAGGACGACCGCAGGAGUACAUAGUUUUUCUUGAAAAGUGUCAACAGUACAUUGAAAGACAGGUGGAGACAGCUGUUGAUGAUAGACGCCACGACCCAACUACAAGUGAUGGUGAUGUUGUUACGCAUCUUGCCACCGCGAUGAAUACCAGGCAUUUGUAUGACUCGGUAGUAAAGGACUGUGGCGAUGGUAUACCAACACCUUCAAUACAAUGGUUACGUUUGCAGUUUUGGCCACGUCGUUGCAAUUCCCUCAGUGCCACCAGGCAAAAAGGAACUCUUCGCAUUAAAUUCAUGGUUCAAGCGCGUCAAUUCAGGAAAUCACAUGUAGAUGUGCACUAUGCUUCAUCUUUAUUUAGGUACCAGAAAGAAUUCGCCGUCAAAUUCCGAGAAUACUGUUCCUAUAUCAGUUGUGAUGAUAAGCACACGAUUAAAGUAGGAGAACCCGGAUUUCCUGUUGCUUCAGCGGAACGUGGGAAACAAGUGUUGGUCGACAUGAACACAAAAUUCCAAGUUGGAGACCAUGACUUCACAAAAUUUAAAUUUAUACCAAGUGUACAUCUUGACAUUGCUAUCCCGGAAGAUAUCCAAGGUUCGUUUUACAGAGGUAAGGUACAUGUUGGACUAAAAGAUAGUUGCUUUGAGUCGUCGUCUGGGCUGCGCCAUAUGACCGAAUUAAGGCAGAUCAUGGAACAUUCAGACACAAUCAAACCAAUGCUUUUGAUGCACACCGAUGGUGGGCCAGACCAUCGCACAACAUACCUUUCAGUGCAGAUUCCCUUGAUUGCAUACUUUCUUGACAAGGACCUUGACUUUCUUUGUGCAGUACGUACACCACCUUAUCAUAGCUGGAAAAACCCAGCAGAGCGUAUCAUGUCUAUACUUAAUUGUGCUUUGCAAUCUGUUGGACUUAUGAGAACCUCGACUGACAAGGAAGAGCUACUCAAGAAGUGUGGCAAUACCACAGAGAUAUGA